GCACUUCUCCGCCAGAGCACUUCUCCACCAGAGCACUUCUCCUCCAGCUGCGUACAUGCGCACGACGCCUGGUCCGCGCCACAGCCUGCGUACGAGAUGCCUCCCAUGCCAGGAAUCCAUGAAUCCAUGGAUGGCUGGGAUUAGUCGUGUUCGGGAUUAGUCGUGUUCGGGAUUAGUCGUGUUCGGGAUUAGUCGCGUUCGGGGUUAGUCGUGUUCGGGGUUAGUCGUGUUCGGGGUUAUUCGCGUUGAAGGCGAUACUACGUUCCCGUCGGAGGCGUUGCGCCGUAGACGCCGGGCAACAUUUGCAGCGUGCCACGGUGAAUGGAGGACAGUUUCCACGUUUUCUCUCAGGGAGAUAGAGGUCUGGAGUAGACCACCGAGACGUCUUCAGGAGACGGAACCAUGUAUCCAGGACUAACACGCCACAUGUUGCGUCUGCACAGGUUACUGGACUACGUGAUGAUAUAGCCGGUUCUCCCAGACCUCUCCCACGUCAGUAUUUACCAUAGCCGUGUUGCCAGUCUACGGUAAAAGUACACGUUUUGGCCCCCACGUCUUUGGAUAACUCCAAACUUACAGGAAGCUCCUUGUACCUUCAAGUGCCUACUUAGGAAAUUCCUGCAACAAUUCAAACAACGAAAACACUCUGCCUUCAUCAAGCUGACAGGACACUGUGCUGCCAGAGCUGCCAUGUUGUCAGGACCUGGACUCUCAACACACCAAGUGUGCGUCCUGUCUUGAGGUUCUUGUGAGUUGAUGCAUCAUUUUUUCCCUGGAGAUGGUCGCUGCUCCACUUCCUAGAAUGUUCCUGCCCCGCUGCGUUUUCCUGCUGCUCUGGGUCCUGCUGCUUCUCCUGGUCCAGUCCCCCCCGACCCGCUGCAGGGCUGCGACCGACGACCCAGAAACUAGCGAUACUGUUCAGUCAUCUGAAGAUGAAGGCGAUGACGAUGAUGACGACGAUGAGUCAUCCUCGGAGGAAAAUAAACUGUCAGAUGAAAUGUCAAGCAGCAAUGGAAAACUCCAACCUCUGGGCCCUAAGUGGGUCACGCCAGACAAGAUGGAGAAGCGGCUCCAUGCCGUUCCUGCAAGUAAGACCGUUAAAUUCCGAUGCCAAGCCACAGGGAACCCCGUCCCCCAUCUCCGCUGGUAUAAGAAUGGCAAGGAAUUCAAGAAGGACCAGCGAAUUGGUGGAUUCAAGAUCAGGGACCACAUGUGGACUCUGAUAAUGGAGUCAGUGGUGCCAUCCGAUAAGGGGAACUACACCUGUGUGGUGCAGAAUGAAUAUGGCAGCCUCAAGCAUACCUACCUGCUGGAUGUAGUAGAGCGUUCGCCACACAGACCCAUCCUGCAGGCGGGGCUGCCUGCCAACAGAACUGCGGUAGUGGGCACUGAUGUGGACUUCGUGUGCCGGGUGUUCAGCGACCCUCAGCCGCACAUCCAGUGGCUCAAACACAUCAGUGUCAACGGAAGCAGACAGGGACCAGACGGUCUGUCUUACGUCCGUGUCUUAAAGACAGCUGGUUUCAACACGACGGAUAAGGAGAUGGAGGUUUUGACUCUGAAGAACGUCACCCGGGAUGAUGCUGGAGAGUACACCUGUUUUGCAGGAAACUCUAUCGGGGUCUCCCACCACUCGGCAUGGCUCACCGUUGUCGAAGAUCUGCCACCCUCCCCCGUGCCUUCUCAGACCUACUUGGAGAUUUUCAUCUAUUGUUUCGGCUUCUUCAUCAUGAUCAUCUUCGUUGCCGUAGCAACCAUCUGCCGGCUCUACUGCGCGCCAAAGAAAAGUGACUUUAACAGUCAACUGGCUGUCCAAAAACUGGCUAAGAGCAUACCUCUUAGGAGACAGGUGUCAGUUGAGUCCUCGUCCUCCCUUCAGUCAGGGAUGUGUCUGAUACGUCAGUCCCGUCUCUCCAGUGCGACCACCACCAUCCUGACGGGGGUGUCAGAGUACGAGCUUCUGCAGGACCCUCUGUGGGAGCUGUCUCGUGACAGGUUGACCUUAGGGAAGCCUCUGGGAGAGGGCUGCUUUGGUCAGGUUGUCCUCGCUGAGCUUGUCGGGGUUAACAAAAAUAAACCCACACGCAUCACCAAGGUUGCUGUAAAGAUGCUAAAAGUGGAUGCCACAGAGAAGGAUCUGUCAGACCUCAUCUCUGAAAUGGAAAUGAUGAAGAUGAUUGGCAAACACAAGAACAUCAUCAACCUGCUGGGAGCCUGUACUCAGGAUGGCCCUCUCUAUGUGGUGGUGGAGUACGCAUCACAAGGCAAUCUGAGGGAGUACCUCCGUGGACAUCGGCCAGUCGGUCUGGAGUACUGGAGCGGCCCGAAGCAGACGCCCUUGUGCAAUUUGGAGAUAAGGGAGCUGGUGUCUGCUGCUUACCAGGUGGCUCGAGGAAUGGUGUAUCUAGCUUCGAGGAAGUGUAUUCACAGAGACCUGGCAGCCAGGAAUGUCCUCGUCACAGAAGAAAAUGUGAUGAAGAUAGCUGAUUUUGGUCUCGCCAGAGAUAUCCAUCACAUCGACUACUACAAGAAGACCACCAAUGGUCGUCUGCCAGUGAAAUGGAUGGCGCCAGAGGCUUUGUUUGACCGUAUCUACACACACCAAAGUGAUGUGUGGUCGUUUGGGGUUUUGCUUUGGGAAAUAUUCACGCUAGGGGGCUCUCCCUACCCCGGUGUUCCUGUAGAAGAGCUUUUCAAACUGCUGAAGGAAGGACAUCGCAUGGAGAGACCUUCUGCAUGCCCUCAGGAGCUGUACCUGAUGAUGAAAGACUGUUGGCAUGCUGUCCCAUCACGUAGACCCACUUUCCAACAUCUGGUGGAGGAUUUAGAACGUACUCUUUCUCUGCUGUCUGACCAGGAAUACCUUGAUCUAUCUGUUCCUGGGGUCCAGUACUCUCCGGUGGGCUCAGACACCUAUAGCUCCUCUGCCACAGCCCACCCCUGCAACUCCACCUAAGUUUCCUGGGACUUCUCUUCCUGGAAAACCUUUCCUAUCUUCUCUGCUGUGCAGAUGAGCGGAGAAACAAGCUACUUCCUUCUAGUCCUGCAGUAGUUUUGAAGUUUUGGCUAAAGUGAUGUGAACAACAGCUGUGCUGAACAGGACUCUAAGUCUGCUACAUCUUAUCUUCCAGCUAGGCAUCCGGCUAGGCAUCCAGCUAGGCACCCAGCUAGGCACCCAGGAGGACCUUACGCAGCUCUGUCUAGAGUAACUCUGUUGUAACUGGUGUAAAGACUGAGCUUUCUGGAAGAUAAACAGUAUAGAUUGGUGACUUUAUUGAGGCCAGUGCUGCCAACUGAACUGGCCUUCUGAUAAUACCAAUAAAACUGUUUCUAACAUUGAAUAUUGUAAAUAAUUUCCAUCAUAUUGCCAAAGAUAAUGCCAAUGUUUGCUAAUGUCAAAGAACAACAGCAAUGCAUUUGACUUCUUGUUAAAGUUAGCAUACAUGCAAACACUAUGUCUUUAGUUGAAG